AUUCUUCUUUGCAAGAGCGAAUUUUGUUAUGUGCCACAAGUCAAUGUCCUAAUUACAGUAUAAACUAAAACGCGUGUAAACAUUUCAGUGUCAAAAUUUUUGAAGUAAUAUCAAUUUCACUAUGUUUGGCUUGCAGCGGUGGUCCCUGCGCAGAGGCCAAGGCAAGGCGUCGGCCCGCACGAGGGACCCCUGCUUCUUCGCGGAGUUGGGCGGCUCUGCAGCCCAGGACCUCUGCCGCCAGCCCAAGGUGUCGGACAGACUGAUCCUGAUGUCCGGCUUGCUGGCGACCUUCGUGGUUGCCUUCAUCGCGGUGGGAGUGUGUCUCUGGGUUCGGAGGUGUAGGAGGAUCCUGGCCGAACAUACCGGAAAAAGCGACUACCCAUCACCUGCAGAAAUCCUUUGGAGUUAAAGAGACCACUGCCUAGACUAGCAACCGCAGCCAAGCAAUGUGCACCUAUGAAAGCUCAGUAUACAAGGUCUGCUGUGAUGGAUGCGAGAAAAGUUUUAACUUCGUCUAAUACUCCCGACAAGAACACCGUCCUCGAAACCGCCCACAAGUGGUGUCGCCCAUUAAAACGGCCUCAAAAAUUCCCAGAGCGGCGUCCCUCACCAAAGCAGUGUCCCCCGCCGAAGCAAAGUUCAUCUUCGGAGCAGUGUCAUCAAUUCUCCGAGCGAUGUCCCUCACCAAAGGAAUAUAAAUAUUCCCCAGAGCGGGGUCAUUUAUUGAAACCAUGUCCUUCUUGGAAGCAAUGCGAGCGAUUCUCCGAGCAUAGACCCUCACCAAAGCAGGACCAACAAUAUGCUGAGCAGGGUCCCAAGUGGAAAUUGUAUAAACAAUCCCUAGACCAGUGUCACCCAUCAGAGCAGUGUAAACGAUCCCCUGAGCAGCGUCCCUCACCGAAGCAGUGUCCCUCGCCGAAGCAAUGUCUCUUUUCGGAGCAGUGUCAUCAACUCUCCGAGCUAAGUCCCUCUCCAAAGGAAUGUAAACAUUCCCCAGAGCGGGGUCGUUCAUUGAACCUGUGUCCUUCAUGGAAGCAAUGCGAGCGAUUCUCUGAGCCUAGGCCCUCACCAAAGCAUGACCAACAAUAUGCUGAGCAGGGUCCCAAGUGGAAAUUGUAUAAACAAUCCCUAGACCAGUGUCACCAAUCAGAGCAGUGUAAACGAUCCCCUGAGCAGCAUUCCUCACCGAAGCAGUGUCCCUCGCCGAAGCAAUGUCUCUUUUCGGAGCAGUGUCAUCAACUCUCCGAGCUAAGUCCCUCUCCAAAGCAAUGUAAACAUUCCCCAGAGCGGGGUCGUUCAUUGAAAACAUGUCCUUCAUGGAAGCAAUGCGAGGGAUUCUCCGAGCGAAGUCCCUCACCAAAGCAGGACCAACAAUAUGCUGAGCAAGGUCCAAAGUUGAAAUUGUAUAAACAAUCCUUAGACCAGUGUCACCCAUCAGAACAGUGUAAACAAUCCCCUGAGAGGUGUCAAGAAUCCCCCGAUAGGACAAGGGAUAUGGGAACUGCUGGUGACCAGCGGCUUGCCAGAGACACCUGCGAGGCGUGGCAUAGUCCUCGAGAGGAGGUCGUGGACCCGAAGACAGCGCUGCUGAGGACGGUGCCCAUGCCACAGGUCGGGGAGUCCAUGUACCUCGCGCUAGCGCACCAGCUUACAGGUGCGCGCGCAGGGUCUGGUUUCCAUAAGGCGGACGCCAUCAUACUCCGCUCGCAGCUGCUGAAGCACCUCUGGUUGCAGAGGGACCAAUACCGGGAGCUCAUCCUGAAGUCGGCUGCUAGCCACCACCCAAGGUACUCGGGGCUGGCGAGCCAGCAAGCCAAGCUGGAGCGGUAUCUGAACGACCUCCGCAGCCUGCAGUUCCCUCCAGGGGACGAGGUACUGCAGGCGGCCGCCGACUCGCAGGGAGUCGACGUGCUGGUGCUGGCACACCAGGGGUCCGCUUCGCACGGGCGGGUCGGACGCGCGCUGCGGUUCGCUAGCCGCUGCGGAGACGCAGGGAGGGCGGUGGUCGUCAGACGUCGACUGCUCGAGGGCCACGCCCUCCGCGCCAGCCGCUACCACUACGACAGCGUCGAGGCGCCCUGCGUCGCCCCGGGGUGACGCCUAGCGCACACGUCACACGUCUUCGUCACCAACCGUUCCCCCUUCUUCCCAUGUCGCAUUUGAGUGUGUAACCUUCUCCGUCUAAUAAAUUUCUUGUCAAAUUUGAAAAUUUUUUACUUUCACAGUCGGCGAGGUCAUAUCGUCAAAAGCUCUAACGAAAAAUCCAUAUAAAGUCACCUUCUGAACAAAACUGUGCUUGUGGUGGAUUUUAGAUAUACCAUUUUGAGCGCAUAUGUAUUAAAUGACGUAAAAACCCCUUCUACAAACAGCGCAAUGUGGCGUUGGUUUUAACCGCCCCGCAUAAGUCACUGAACUAUGCAAGGAAAAUAGUGGACUUGUCUUGAGAACUCUGCUUCGCUGUGCUCUGAUUCGACGACGCAAUAUGUGUUGUUUCUUGUGUGCUUCGUAAUCAUUUACAUUUUUACCUUUUACAGUGGUGGAUGGAAAUAUUGGUUAAUGUUUUUUGCUAUUUUAAUGUCACGCUUUUAUUGCUUAUGGAAUAUAAUAUGCUAUAAAAUAUCAUUGGUGACUUAAAUAUGUAUAUUGUAAUAAAAAAAAACGUAAAAAUACA